AUGAAUUUUAUUGAUUUUAUUCAUGAGCAUUAUUGGAACAAUGACAAUUCUAAUAUUCAAACAACAUUACAUCGUGCACAUCAACAUCUCGAAAGACAACGUAAUCUAAUAUGGAAAGAAAUAGCGUCGAUAAAACAAGAAGAAGAAACCUUAAAACAUGUACUAGAAUCGAAAAAUAAGCAAACCGUGUCUAAAGAGCAAAACAUCUCUGCGAAUAAUGUACCAUUGAAAGCUAAACAAGGUACAGAUAUUCACUUACGUCAAACACCAACAGCUUUAGAAAUAGAGCAACUGAAUAAAUUACCGUUAGAUUUAUAA